GCGGGCCGAGGAUGCUGCGCUCGAUGCUGUUGUGGGAGGUGCGAAGAAAGGCCGCAUCACCGACUUCAUUGGCGACGAGGCGCAAUGCAACAAGGGCGAGGCGGACAACUCCGUCUGUAUGCUCUUCGUCGGCUGUCGCAUUCCCGAACACCACGCCGACAACCCGUUGUGGAGUAACAUGGUCAGGGCCAUCAACAACGCACCUCACGGUUAUGCCGCGCCGCGCCGUACCUACGUGGGAGGAGCUGGGCUGAAACAAUGCCGGCAGGGCCUCGAGAAGGGGCUUCAGCCCAUCGCCGCGAGCUGGAAGAGUGAUGUCGUCACUGUCUCCUCCGACUUGAUGACCGAUCGCCCUUUGCAUGGACGGGGGCUCUCAAACUACCGGGCUGCCUGCAAGGAGCUGAUGGCGGAUUGGCCGCACAUCGAGUACGUGCCAUGCGCUACGCACGUGCUCGACCUCCUGAUGGAGGACGUGGGCAAAAUCACGUGGUGCAAGGACAUUGUGGAUCGGUGCGGGGACAUUAUCAUCUACAUGGUGCUGAGCGAGGAGUACGCCAACUUGUCGGCGGGGGCUAGGAAGCUGACAGCGGAUACGUUCCGCGGCCACGUCAUGGACGACGCAUGGUGGAAGAACGCUACGUACCUGGUGGAGCUCUUGGCGAUUCCAAUCAAGGUGAUGCGGGCCACGGACAGCAGCGCGAAAGGCAUGAUGGGAACCAUCUACGACGUUAUGCUGCAGCUGACCGAGGACGUGAACGACAAGCUGGAAGCGGGGGAGAAGAUUCUGUCGCGGGCGGUUGCGGAUGACAUUGGGAAGACUGUUAGGCGCCGUUGGGAUGAGAGCCUUGCUUGCGCUCUUCACGUUGUGGGGCGGAUCCUGAACCCGGAAAAUCAGGAAGAGGGUACAUUCAGCAACGACGUGGAAUGUACCCGCAUCUUCAAGGCGUUCAUCGCACGUCACUACGACGGUAAGACGUUCACCAACAAGGACGGUGAGGAGAGGCGGGCCUCUCCUGUUUUGCAGGAGGGGCUCACGGCCUUCCUCACCCUUGAAGGAUCCUUCGGCCUCCCUGAGGCAAUUGCUAACAGGGAGGCCGUGAAGGCAAGCAAGCACUCGAUGGUGCAGUGGUGGGGAUGGCACGGGACUGACCACCCCCACCUGGCCAGCCUUGCAUGCCGUGCCCUGACACAGCCGGUGUCGGCCUCGCCUUGUGAGCGCGGGUGGGCAUCGUGGGAGUCGGUGCACACUGCCCGCCGCAACAAGCUAGGCUCGGAGAAGCUCCGAGACCUAGUUUAUGUGACCCACAACUGGCAUGUGGUCCACAAGUACCACAAGCCGGGUGAGUCACUGGCGGUGCUUCCGGGCAACACCCCUGAACCUGCUCUGCCGGAGGGAUACAACAAGGAGAAGGAAGGGGAGGAGGAGGAGGAGGAGGAGGAGGAGGAGGAGGAGGAGGAGGAGGAGGAGGAGGAGGAGGAGGAGGAGGAGGGGGAGGAGGAUGAUGUCGUGCUGGCCGAUGAGUACGUGGAGUAA